AUGUGGUUUGGCGUGGCAAUAAGUAUUUUGUUGUUUGGCAAUGUUUUGACUAAGGAAACUGAACCACGAGUGGUAGUCACAGCACAGGGUCCCGUGCGAGGGUAUAGGGAUCCCAAUGAAGAUAUUUUUGUAUUCUAUGGUAUUCCAUACGCCACAGCGCCUACUGGUACCCAAAGAUUCAAGGCGCCGUUGCCACCACCAAAAUGGUCAGAUCUAUUAGACGCUGUCGAUCAAGACAUAAUAUGUCCGCAAAUUGCUGCGUACGACUUUAUACCUAAAACAAAAACUAUGCAAGAAGAUUGUCUCAUUGCUAAUGUUUAUGUGCCAGAAACUAGUAAAAAAAAUCUCCCAGUCGUUGUAUACGUACAUGGCGGUGGCUUUAUGAUUGGACAUGGAAAUAUGCUUACCCCUAAAAAGCUGGUUAAUAGCAAAAAAAUAAUUGCUGUAACUUUUAAUUAUAGACUUGGAGCUCAUGGCUUUCUCUGCCUGGGUACUGAAGAUAUACCUGGUAAUUCAGGAAUGAAAGAUCAAGUGGCAUUACUACGUUGGGUCAAACAGAAUAUUGAGAGUUUUGGUGGUAAUCCUCACGAUGUCACUAUUUCCGGACAGAGUGCAGGGGCUGCUUCCGUGGCUCUUUUGAUGAUUUCAAAGAUGGCGAAAGGUUUAUUUAAUAAAGUGAUACCCGAAAGUGGUGAUUCACUUUCUCCAUUUAGUGUUCAAGUAAACCCCAUUCAUAAUGCAAAAGAAUACGCAAAAUUAUUGGGCUUCGUUGAUUCUAGUGAUAUAUCUGAUUUAGAAACUUUUUAUAAAAAUGCUUCUUAUGAAUUCAUACAAUCGGGAAAUGUUUUAUAUAGAACUGAUAACGUUUUCCUCCUUGCACCGUGUGUAGAGCGUGACAUCGGAGAAGAAAGAUUCUUUGAGGAGGACCCUCUUAGUAUAUUGGAAAGGGGUGAUUUUGAAAAUCUACCUAUUUUGCUUGGAUUUGACAACAUGGAGGGACUAAUGCGCAUUGAUAUAUUCGAUCAGUGGAAGGAUAAAAUGAAUACUAACUUUAAAGAAUUUAUUCCACCUGAUUUAGAAUUUUCAAACGAUGAAGAAAUGUAUGAUAUAGCUAAAACAAUUAAAAAAAUGUAUUUUAACGACGAACCAGUAACUAAUGACAGCAUAUUAAGUUAUAUCAAUUAUUUUACUGACACAAUGUUUGCAUGUCCAGCACUACGAACGAUUAAAUAUUUGCUUAAGGCAGGCAACAACCACGUUUAUUUGUACGAAUACUCAUACAUCGACGAGAGUGUGCCGAUGAUACCUCACACGAAAGUGCGGGGUGCAAAUCACUGUGCACAGUCCGCAACGCUUUUUGAUGGAAUUAAUAUAACUCAUUUAGAUGAAAGCGACAUAUCACGCAGCUUGAGAAAUUGGAAGAAAACGAUGAGAGGAAUUUGGCUGAACUUUAUCACAACAGGGAAACCAGAGUAUUAUGAUAUUCCGAAAUGGCUACCAGUUAGAGAUUAUGGUUCACCGUACAUGGCACUCAAAGAAGGAUCUGAGCUUAAAGAGUCUUUGCUUAAAGAUCGUUGUCUUUUCUGGGAAGAAAUUUAUAAAAAGUAUUAUAAAAGGCCUGUUCCGCCUUCACGGACAACGCAUAAUAGAGUUGAUUUAUAA